AUGGACAGUUACUUUAAAGCUGCAGUCUGUGACUUGGACAAACUACUUGAUGAAUUUGAACAGAAUACAGAUGAAUAUGACUGCUACAGAACACCUCAAAAUCCAUAUGAGUCAAAACACCAUUCACUUUCUUCAGUUCUGGAUCACUUACAACAUGUACACCCAACACCAAAACUGCAAGAGGAUGCUAACAAUUGUACUUCAUCAGAAGAAAUCUCUCUAGCUAGCCACAUUGGAACAAGUGAAGUGCUUCUGAGUUAUUCACCACAAAAUGAGAAGAGCGUUGCUGGACCUGAUCUUUUGUCCACUGUGGACAGUGGUUCCUUAAAUGAAAUUCAGGCUUCAAACCUGGGAAGGUGUAGUAUACCUGUGUGUGAUCUUGUUAAUGACACAGGUAACUUAAUGCAUUCAGUGGCUGCUCACAAAGAUACUCAGAAGUUGCAGCCAGAUGACUUCCAGUACAGUGACAAUUUGAUUGGCUUUGGUGUAUUACCUGUUCCUACCUGUAUGUCAUCAGCUGAUUGCACUGGUGGUUCAGGUACAGAGCAGAGUGAUGGGGACUCAAUGCUACAAGAUUCAGGACAUCUUAAAACAGAGAUUAGUCAUUUAGCUUCAAAAUCAGACAGCUAUGCUGCAGCAAAGAUCUUGGAUCCAUGUGAUGAUCAAUACAGGACAGAAUCUGUAAAGCACAGUGAAGUAUUUGAUCAGCUUGAACAAACUGCUUGCCUCAAUACUGCAUGUGUCCCUGUAACAUCACAGAAUUUGAAUGCAUACAGUCCCAAAGAUGAGAAAGCAUACAAAAAAAUGCCUUGUGAACCACAAGAUGAAAGUGCAUGCUCUUCAGCAAGCAAAGAGAUGUAUGGAAGAAAUACCACAGAAAAGGUAGACUCAGAAGAUGAGAGUGACGUUGAAUCCAUGCCUUCAGAUCUACCAAAGAGGCCUCAGUUGCCCAAAAGCCAUGCAAUGUUACCUGGAAAUUGUGUUCUACCAGGCUCCUCAUGUGAAACAGGAGCUGAAGUAGAAGUGGAAAAGAAAAUCACAGAAGAGAGCGUAGGUAGUGAAGAACUUCAUAGCACUGAAAUACUAAAGAGUGUUUCCACUUCGUGUAUUUCAGUUGAGCAUAUCCAGACCUCGCUGUCAUGUCUUCCACUUCCUGUAUCUAUAUGUGGUUCAUUAGUUGUAACGGAAGAAAAAGUUAAUCCUCUACCUCAAAAUGAAAUGGCGGAGGUUAUUAGUGAUACUUUAACUGUUCAUGCUGUAAAGUCUGAAACUGAUCUCUCGGGUAGGGAACACUGCGAAAAAACUGACUUGCAUGAGCAGGAAGGAUAUGUAGCUAAAAUCAGCGAAAGUAUUGUAGAAGAAAGUACAGAUGGAGAGAAGUAUGAUAUGGAGAAUGUAAUUGGUGACAGUGAUUCUCAGCAAAUCAAAGCUUUUGCUUCUGCUUUUCUAGAGUAUGAAGCUGAGCCAUAUGGUGUUGGUAUAGACUCUUAUUACAGUGAAAGUAUGUGCCCAGUUAUGGCUGACUUUACUGUUGAGGAGAAUGUUAUUAAAAGUGAUACUCUAAUAAGCGACGCUGAGCUUGAUGAUUUCUUGUAUGGACAAAGUCUUCAGUCCAGUGUGUUGAAGUCUUCAGACAAUGAUAGUAACUUAAUGGAAGCUGAUGCAAAUGAAGGGGAUUUGACAAAUGUGAACAACCUGGAUUUCACAGAGGUCAGUGAAGAACAUAUGCAAGCAAAACUGGAGGAGAUAAUGAGCAUUAAUAGUAAACUCAAAGUAUCUCUUACUGCCAAUGAAUCAGAAUCUGCAACAGGAGAUAAUAUUUCUUGUAUUCAGGACAUGACGGAGAGUAGUAGUGAAACACUAGUUUCUAAUGUUCGUACUGAAGGUGCAAGACCAAAGCAGUUGCUUGGCCUUUCCCAAGGAGCUGUUGGUCAGAGACAACUGAAUAGAACAGAUGUACCUGAGAGAGAAGACCAAGAAGCUAGUUCUGUUACCCCAGAAGCUCCCCUCUCAGGCAGCAGCAUAAAUGUUGGUAAAAAUUCUGACCCCAUGCACUCUGGGGAAAGCAGCUCUGAAGCUGGAGGAAGUCAAACAUCUGAAAAUGCAGAAUCACUUAAAAUACCUGCAACUCUCUCACGGAAACAACCAUUGUGGGUUCCUGAUUCAGAGGCACCCAACUGCAUGAACUGCCAAGUCAAGUUCACGUUUACAAAAAGACGACAUCACUGUCGUGCAUGUGGAAAG